AUGGCAUAUGCGUCGACUGGUUUUUCUGCGGCGGAAGCAACUCGCGGGCCGCCCCGCCCCGCCACUAGCAUUCCUGAGUCGGUGGGCAUAUCCUCUGCUUUCACGCCCGCACUGACGCAACAGGAGAAAUAUGAUGUGGCUGUUCUUGACAUGGCAGUUAGGUCUUCUUGGGGUAGGGACUUCAAUAUUCUCUUGCAGUUUGCAAGAGAGCAUGCAGCUCACCGGGCCGGCCUCAGCGUGGAACGCCUUGACAGGCAUUUGGUGAAACGGGCGCGGGUGUUUCGAGCCGUUGACCAGGAGUUUGUUCAGUUCGCUGGACUUGCGUUAGGAAGCGAAGAUGGCGCAGUUGAGUUUCAGGAAUCUCUGCCGUGUGGGCAAAGUGGAGGCCUAUGGAGUGGAAUGACAAAGGAAUCGUUGAAGUGGUGCGCGGCAAAACUACGGUUGAUGUGUGAUGAACAAGAACCCUCUCCAGCGCUCGCAUUGGAGGAGAUUGUAGCCCUUAAAUGCACAUUGUUUGCCGAAGCCCAGGGUGCGGGGCUGCGCCAAGCCCAGAGGCGCCACCGAAGAGCAUGUUCAAGUAAUUUCCCUUGCACAACUGCUCUGCAUUCUUCGUCAUCCUGCUCGACACUGCUAUCGCAGCCGGCAGCAACUUGCUUGCCGGUUGACCUGUUUUUUGAUAUGAACACUGAAACGCUUCUUCGAACCACAUUCAAAGCGGAACAAGGCAACACAUCAAUUCUACGUCUUCUCCUCAACAGCUUAAAUCCCAACAGAGAAUGCACAGUGCCCGGUGUCUCUAGCACGUUGCCGGACCCUACAGAGUCCAGCGUUUCAAGGCUGAUUUCUCCCGCGCAGUCACGUCCACUUUACCUCUCCCCCUCCAGAAGAAGCAUUUCUUCUGACAUGUUAGGGCCUUCUGCCGGGGUUCGCGGCAGCGCCCCGUCGCAUUCCACACGGGCCUUACCUGCACAGUCCGAGGAAGCAGGAAACGCAGAAACUUUAUCGAAGAACAGAACUGAAGAGGCUCCAAAACAACUUGAGGCCUCAGGGAGUCUAGUAGGGACCUUGGGGACUCGGGGCGAUCCGCCCUCUGUAGCAUGCAGAGGUGAGAGUCGGUCAUUCGAAUGCUCCGUGGGAGGGUCCGGAGAGCGCAGCAGGGACGGCCACGCUGUCAACAGAGUUGCUGAGUCUGCAGAGGACACGUCCAGUGGGGAGCGAGGACCAGGGACUCGUGCCGCCGACAGCGAGGCUCGGGGAAACAGGGCAGAGUCGCCUGAGACUCCGCAGGCGACUCUCCGACUGCUCUUUCAGCUGGCCGAGCUGCAUCUCCUCCAGAGGCUUACGCAGAGCUCCCCUGACUUGGUCCAAGAUGCCCAGGCAACUGCGAGGGGGUUUCCCUUUUCCACGAUGCUGUUUACUCGUACUUCCAGACAAGGUGGUAGUUCAUCUCGUUUCGCUUCGGCAUCGACAGCGCCACAUGCUCCGGAGGCGACUGUGUGCGAGGAGAGCGGCCAGCGCGGACACUCACGUCGCCCAGAGAAGUCCCCCUCGACGGGCACCGCCCACCAGCGUCCUGCGGUGGAGUUGAGGGGAUUCACUCUCGAGUCGACCGAAAGUCUCUGCCAACAAGGUCUCAAGCGAAAAGACACCAUUUCUGAUCUCAGGGUUCUGCCUCCUGCAGUCGCUCGAGAGGUCAGCACCGAUCUUGGCACAGACAGCAGAUGCCGUAGAGAUGAAACGCGUACCCCUUCCUUAGAAUGCCUCGCGUCCCAGACGACCGACUGCCAAAAUGGAAAGCGAAGGAAAUUCCACUUCAAGAGCGAAGACCCAGCGAAUCCUGGUCCUAAAGCACGAACACCUCCGCAAAAACCAGGAGGGCGUUCCACAGAACUGAGAACGCACGCGCCAUCCCCCACGACCCCGAUUCACACACCUGUAACCAGUCAGGCAGACGCUCCGCUUUUUCAACUCCUCGACGACCGUACAGGAGUCGCGCUUUGUCGAGUGCUCCAGACCAUCGUGAUGCGGGAUGUCAUUGCAAGUUGUGCUUGUCCAAGUGAAGAUGAAGCUUGCGUGGAGUCUGUUGCCACGUCCCUCGACCUUCUCGUCGAAAUCAUAAUUUCACUUUGCUCUUUGCUGGGUCAUCUCCAAGCACGUAGCUCCGCCAGCCUUCACUCGGCACAUCCGAGCCAAGAGACGGCUGAAACCUCGGAACGCGGAGAGGGGGGAGGCGGCCUGGUGUCCCAUCCGUCCUCGCCGUUAGGCGAUAGCAGAGAUCCAUGCUUCGAACGAGACAGGAAGGGAACGACUAGUCCCCGCCUGAGUAACCCCGACGCAUUCCUAUCAGAGCACUUUGAAGGGACCCUCAUUGACCUCGUUGCUCUGCCAUUUUGCUACGGCUUUUGCGUUCUUGCACUCAGUCCCUGGCAUAGGAAACUUCAGCAGAGGGCCUCGACAGGAUUUUACCGCCUGGUCAGGAGUCUCGAUAGACUUCUUUGCCUGAACAGCGAGGCACUGGAUGUUGCGUGCCGCCUCUUCAACACGCAGACGAAACGGGAACAAAACAGCGUGCAAGGGAAAGAUAAAAUAAGCAAUCACGGAGAGAGAUACACAGAAACGGCAGACGACGUUCGCAUGCAGGAGAAGGGAAGGGGUACGUUAUGCCUUUUGGAUGAAAGCGAACAGACAAGCAACGAAGUCGCAAAGGGUUAUACUGUUGAUCCUCCUUUCGAGCUCUCUGUGUGCUCUAGAGCACGGCGCUUCUUGCCUUAUCUGUCUUCUCCUCGCUACGCACAAGUUGUUGAGUCACCUCAUCCCUAUCCGCGUGGUACGUCAACUUUUCCGUCCUUGCUGACUUUCGCUGCCGCCUCUUCACCGCCUUUGGCUUCCAUCGCUACAAGAACGAGAGGCGCUGAAAGAGGACAGUGCGCAGACGGAAACCGAACAGUGACUUGUAGGACUGUUGAAUUCCCAGGAGCGUCGCAUGUCUUCCUUCUCUUUGAUGAACGGUGCAAUACGCAACACAACACGGAUAUUCUCUACGUGGUUCGAGGACGCUGGACAGGCGCGCCUUCCCUGGUUCCUCCCUCUCUUCACCUGCUGCCGCCUUGCAGUGGAGACGGUUUCCCGCAUUGGCCGACGCAACCAGUAGUCGUUGAUAGUUCGGUUAUUUCUUUCCUCUUUGACGCCUCGCUACCUGCUGCCUCUGGCCCGGCUCUCUGGGGCUACCGCGUGAUUUGCCUCGCCCAGUACUGGACGUUGCCACCCGCACUGUUCUCACGGGAUGGAGAAGACAGGCGGAAACACUUUUCUAGGCAAGAAAGAACAAACAACGACGAAUGCUGCGAACAGCCGCAGCAGCCGACGCAGGGACUGCCAUCUUUCUUGGAGCUUCCUCCUCCCGGGUCGCAUCCAUCUGCUUCUUCUGUCUUGCGCCCAGCGACAGACGCGCCACUGGGUUCCUUCUCUAGGGUUGGCCACGACUCCGGCGAGGCACCAAUUCUAGGCAUUGGUCCUGGCCGCGCUCGUCCUACUGCGGCUGCAGCAAAUGAAGGCUUGAGCGGCAGAGACAUGGAGAUUGGGACCAGCCAAGGGUCCGCGUCGUCUUCAUCCUCUUCUUCCUCUGCUUCUGUCUCUUGUUCGUUUUCGUCGCCUUCCUCAGGUCCACUUCCUCAGCCUGAGCACUUUCGAAGGCAUAGCUGGAACGCGAGGCGACCCGCGUCUGCGUCCUCUCCCGCGUCUUCUCGUUCGUUUUCCCUGUCCCUCCGAGUUGCGGCCCCGGAGGAAGGACCCGCGGAAGAAUCGAGAGGACACUUCUCUGCCUCGCAGGCUCAAACGUCCGCACAACACCUGGAUCCUUCUCUUUCCUCUGUGUCCACAGUCUCUGCUUCUCCUGGUCUUCCGUCUGCCUCCACUCCUGGAGAAAGAAGUCAAGAGCCUUGUGUCGCGGCGAGGAACGGUGGUGGCCUGGAUCGCUUGCCUGGGUCGCCGGCCGCACAGCACGAGGCGUCAAACGGCACAGACUUGCCUCGUCCAACUCUUCUUCCGCCGUUGCUCGAAAUGCUGGUGGCUGGGAGUGCAUCUCUCGCUUCUGCCCUCGGGUCUCUUCUUCGAGGCCAGCCGGUCUCUGUCGAUGAGCACAAACACUUGGAAGUGCUUUAUUCGUGCGUCUUUGCUGGCGGGUUUGCCCGAGAAGCCCCACCGAAAGUCAAGCGAUUGACUCCGGAACCCGGGACGGCCUCUGAGGAAGCGAGACUCUCUUUCCUUGGUUAUUUCCUUGCACAGAAAAAAAGGCAGAGACCCAAGCACGGCCACCUGCUCGAGGGCCAAGAGCAGCCGAACGAGCAAACCAAUCAAAGGCAGGAGUCCGAAAGGGGGAAACAAGAGGGUAGGCGUUGCCGGAACCGAGCCUGGAGAGAAGGCGAAAGAUGGAAGGAUGACGGCUCGGGGCCUCGGAGACAACACAGAGUUGUGGUGACGGCAGGCGAGAGAAGGGAGACAGAUCUCGGAGAACGGCAACGGGGUAUUUCUGAGAAGAACCAACUGACUCCAGAGGAGCAAGAAGACGUGGAGGAAGGUCCAAUUCAAAACAGAGAAGGCGUAGAAAAAGAGGCCGAAAGUCCGGGCGCGGCGCUGCGCUGUGCGCCCAUGCUUGCGCCUGUCCCUGGCAGCCGAAGGGAGGUGGGAGAUCCAUCUUCCUACGCUGCUGAACGCUCUCCAGACUGUGAGGGAAAUCCGUUGUGGGGCGACGAAGAAGAGACGUCUCCGACAGCACCGACGACACGUGAUGGCUACAUGCUAUUUCCUACACCUCCAGGUUCUCCUCGACAAACGCCUGCAGGUUCGUCUCUCGCUCCAGCGUCGCUGACCCAUCGGGAGGCUUUCGAGAACUUUGGGAUUUCUUCCGGAGACUUCGAAGGCUGGGGAAAGCAGGUCCACAGCACUGCCUCGUUUGUUCCGGAUCCUGCCGCAGUACUCCCACACUAUGACGACCCAGAAAGAAGGCUGCCUCAGCGUGAAUCCCCUGUUCACGUUCGCGGGCAGCCAGGAGCGGAGGAAAACGGAAGGAACGGCAGUUCUUCUCCUCGCCCGAGACGGACCAGGAAGGAGAGAGGCGCUAACUUACUGGUCGCAGAGGAUCGGGCCCUUCCAGGCGAGAGCCGGCGAAUGAGGAGAAGGCGUCCAUUCGGAGCUGAAGCGACGGCGAAGACAGGAGAGGGAGUCGUCUCUAAAGAAGGAGACCUUCGGAGUGGACAGGAAGAUCCAGCGGGAUCGGACACGAAAACACAACCCGGGGAAAGGACUGGAUCAGAUGAACAAGCGAGUAAACGACAGUGUACCUCGCCAUUCCCUCCUCAGAAGUCCGGAUCUCCUUCCUCUUCGUCCUCUUCCUCAUCUUUCUCAUCUUCCUCAUCUUUCUCAUCUUCCUCACCUUUCUCAUCGUCCUCAUCUUCCUCUGGUUCUGUCGUGCAUUCAUUUUCCGUUUCUGCAUCGUCCCCGUCUCCUGCUCCUGCUCUUGCAACAGGACAGGCAUUCUUGCCUCACGUGCAGUCUUCGCCGUCUGCGUCAGGUACGCGUAUGGAGCCGAAUCAACCUCGAGGACAGGCUGUGGAUGCCGCCUUCCCUGCCACAGGUGUCUCCGCAACCUUGCGGGAGCUUCGGGCCCGAGGGCCAGAGGCGGUUCUCGCGCUGCUGUGGAAGAAUGAGGGCAUCGGCAGUCGGCUCGUCGAACUGUUGGACAGUGCAUCCCGGCGGGUGUCUGUGCCUCGCUUCUCCCCGAAGGGUGAUGGAGGGCGCGAGGGGGCAAAGGCGCCAACGGCGAUACAAGAGAGGUUCGGCGGCCCAGCGGUCGGCGGCUUCAGAGGCACUCACUCCUUGCUUUCUUCGUCAGCCGCUCUGGACAGGUUGGGCGGCGUCUACAUAGCUCAAGCUGUGCGGGCGUACGCCUGCUGCCUGAUUAAACACCUGUUCAUGGAAGGCACUGUCCUCGUCGUUUUGGAACAUCUCGUCGAGAAGUUUCCCGUGCUUUUUUGCGACGGAGCAAGUGGCGAGGAAGCAGGUCCGAGGCUGGCACACGUAGGUGCCUGCGACAUGUCGAGGGGAGAUGUAUGGCGCGGAGGCGAGACUGGAAAAAGCGAAGAAAUGCCGAGCCAGAGGGAGAGAGACGACAACAGGAAAAAACUCGAGAGGGAGAGAGAAGCGAAACAAGAGGCAUGCGCGUGGCUUCUCAGCUGGCGAGAGGCCGAACCCCUUCUGUACCUGUGGUGCGCGACGCGCCUUCUGAGGCACUGGGUGAUUGCAGAGAGACAGAAGAGCGUGUUCCAGCUGGACGCGCGUCGGAGAGAGAGAGACGAGGAAGCGAUGGAAGUGACGAAAGUGACGGAGGCGACGGAGAAGUCAGGAGCGAAGAACGCUCUUGAUAAGUCAGACUCGGCGCUCUCAUCUGCUGCUAGAGAAAGGCAGAUGCGGGCCGCGAAGAAGCAGGAAGCAGAGGACUUGGCGGAGCUUCAGGCCCUCAGCACCUACGAGUAUUGGGGAGCCGUCCUUCUCUCUCGAGCGUCGAUUCUCCUGCAACUUGUGCCUUUUUGUAAAUCCGAGAAAAGGUUCGGGCCACUGGCAUCCUGUCGGUGUGUCUUUGCUCCAGAAACGUUUUUUUCGCCAAUCUGCAGCGAAGAGCCGUCCGCCUUCUCUCUCUCAAUGUCAGCCCAGGGGCGGCCGGUUCCUGCCUGUGUUGCGACUGACGACGCUACAGGAAUCGAACGGCCAGGGCGCUUGGCAGUCCCCAGCCCUUCGGCCUUCUCUGUUUUUCCCGGUCGUCCGCUACCGGCCACACCCCCUUCGCCCCCGUCGGAGAGGCCUGGAGCCGGACUGUGGGGCUGCUACGAGCCCCAGGUUCUGUCAAACUCCCUGGCCCUUCUCGUUGCCGCGGAUGUGACCGCGCUUCGGGCAGCCGUGGCCACGAAGGAGAAAGAAGCAAAGCGAAAGGGAGAGGAGAGGCUGCUGAGAAAAGAUAGGAAAGAAAAGAAGCGAUCGGGGGGCGGGACAAAGAAACAGGACGGGUGGAAAUCUCAGUUUGGGCUCUGGAGGUCGCUCCAAAGAUGGCAGGUACUUCUGCGACUCACGACACUGGAAUUUGAUGAGGACGACAGCGAAGAGUGGCGAGACGACCGGAUCGUCCACAGCGUUCUCCACGGCAUCUCGGCCUUCUUUUUCCUGCGGCCAGGAGCGCCGUCGCCACUCAUCCGUCGAGGGACACCGGAAAGGGCGAGGCCGUUUGCGCCUCAAGGCGAAGGGCCCCCGCCGUCCGAAGAAACCGGAGGCAGUCUGUACCAUUAUCAAAGAGAGGGAAAUGGCUACGGCGCCUCGCUGACCUUUCCUCGUUUGCGGGAACGAAGGGAUUCUCCCCCAAGCCAGCACGCCCCAGGACGUCUGCUGCCGCGCCCCAGGUCUGAGGCCUCUCAGCUAGAGACGCGCGGGUCUACCUCCGAGUCCCUCGCUGUCGCCGUUGCCGCCAGUGGAGCCGCAGCGGCUGCCGAGGCAGCGCGAAUGUCUGGGCCUUGGGGGUGCCUCGCAGCGAGCAUUGCAGAGAAGGGAGGCGCCCGGGAGAUCAGCGGCAUGUUUCAGGUUCUGAAGGACCGAAGAAGACGCGCCAAGGCUCGGAUCCAGACGUUCGAUGUGAUUCACUCGAUUCUCAAGAGCAUCCACUUCCCCUUGACUAAAGCGUUCGCCCUCAGAGUCCUGCGAUCAAUGGGGAAUGAGCUGCCCACGCCUGGCCCCCUUCCGCUGUCCGUGCUGCUGCCUGCGGGUGGUGCGACGGCUCGCCGUGAAGCCGAGACAGCAAGGGCAGGGGACGUCGCUCCCGCGUUUCGGCAGGAUCAGCUUCCAGAGCCUGCAACCGGCGGACGUCCCCAGCGCAUAAACGUCCUCUGGCAGAGGCGCUUCGACUCCCCAGUGGAGGCCCCGCGGUUUCUGUUCUUCCGGUCGUACUCCUUUGAAGGCAGCGACGACGAAUCGGAAGGUCUCGUCAAUGCCAGAGUUGGACGCGAGGAAGAGUUCGCGCCCUGGGUUGAGGGGCAAGGAGGGACAGGGGAAGAAGAAGCACACGCGUACCCAGCGCUCGGACUCAAAGUCUGUUUUCGGAGAACCCAGCAUCGAUCGACCGACCUCCACUACGAAGAAGACCUAAGAGGCUGCGGUAUCCAACUGGAAAAGCAAGUGAAGCGCUCCUUCUACCGCACGAUGGCUCUUGUCUUAGCCUGCGCCACAGUGACGUCGGAAAGGCCUCCGGCCUCGCUUCUUCACACCAAGUUCUUCUUUUCGCCCGCUAACGGGCGCGGAGCACCGCGUCUCUCCAGGACGAGUUCGGACGGCAAAUGUGAGGCGACUAGAGGACAAUUCCAGGAGCGCGGCCCUCGAAGAUUCCUGCUUGGCGGCAACACCCAAAGUGGGCGUUUUCCCUCACACUCCGACACCAGUCGAGGUCCAGCAGAACAGGAAUUGCCAGCCGAGCCACACCCGCCUGGGGAACAGAGAGCGUGCAGUCGAGACGGAAUCGCAGAGAAACGCUGGGACAGGGCUCGACACGAGUCAAGUGCAAAAGCCGACGCAACAGAUGAGGAAAAACGAGCAGAGGGCGCCGCCUCUCAAACCCCUCCAUUACCGGCGAAAGGCGGUUUCAGACAGGACGCGGGGUGUCUUGCCUGGCCGCGGCCUCGCCCUCAGCCUGCGGCUGUGCUUUUCUCCCGCGAUUCCUACGGUGCCAGCACUACCAACCUUCUCUCGCUUUCUUCUUCCGCGUAUCCACUCCCGACGACUGCAGACGUUUCACUGAGUCAUCCGUCGUGGGGCCCGGCCGGCCUGUCUCUGGCAGCUGGAGACGAGGAGCUGUCUUAUCCUCAGUUCCUAGGCACGGGCGCAGCGCUGGAGAAAGUGCGAAGGCCUGCGGCGUGGGCAGGAAAGGCAGUUGCCUUUCCUGAAGGACACCAUGCACUCUGGCGCAGCCCAUACAGCCCCGAAUACGUUCAGGAGAUUUCUCGCUCUGUCCUCGGCGUUCUGGCAUGGCGUGAAGAAGACCAGGAUUCUCUCCUCGCCUUGGGGCUUGUCGACAGCGCCAUGCAUGCGCUGCUCCCCCAUCGGGCCCCUACGUCGCCUUGCCGCGUUGCGCAGGAGAGCGAAAAAGGAACGCACGGACGGCGAGCGACGCACGCAGAUCUUGCCAGCGGGGGACAGGGUUUGGUCGAAGCAGUGUCGGCUGUUCUCGGACCGGCGUGCGAAAGCCGAGCUGGAGACACGGACAGAGAUCAGAGAUUUGGAGAUACGAAAUGCCGUACAGAACCAAGCUGCUGCGAGACGGCACCAGGCGCCUACACGGGAAUUCUCCUCGUCGCGACGCUGUGUCUCAGAGCUUCGCUGGGAUGCGGGAACGCCAGAAUCCGGCUCGUGUGUCUGCGGUACUGCGCUGACCUCCUGCUGGUCUCGCUCCGCGAGCUCCGCCGACGGACAGUUGCCCGAGGCCCAGCUCGACGCCGCCGUGCCGGGAACUUCCACCGCGCUAGUGGAAGCCUGCAGCCCGCCAAUCCGAAGGCAGUCGAUCCGCCUCGCUGCCAUGUCCGAAAUGGAGCCUGCGACACCGGCGAGGAGCACGGAGAAAAAAACGCAUGUGAGAUCGCUGCUUCCCGCGCGUCUCCCUCCCGGCAGGUGUCGCCUCAUUCGGUCUGUGGAGUCCAUGGCGGUCUCGGAGAGGAAGGGGCUGUCCCUCUGGAACUGCGCGAGGCCCAGCGCUUCGUCCUCUGCUACCCAGCUGUCUCCGCGGGUCUCCAGCUGUGCUUCGGGGUCGGCACUUUCCGGCUUAGGCGCCAGGCUCUCCGCAUUCUGAGAAUUCUUCUGCCGCGCAUGCAGCCACACCAGGCGAGCCGCUAUUUCGGCGCGGCUUUUGCUCUGCCCAGCCCUUUUGUUUCCAGCGUUCUGAACUUCUGUCCUCUGCAGCACGCGGGUGGAACAGGCGACAUGGACGCUCGGGUGUGGAGUCCAACGACAGAGAGGAGCCUAGAAGCGGGAGUGGAGGAGCCCGCUAGGCCGGGAUGGCUAACAGAGAGAGACAUUAACGAGACCAUGCAUGAAGCUGCCGAGCAAACUGCCUCGAGACAAGAACCUGACGACACAGCCACGGAAGGCGCGGAAGGACAGGAGAGAGAGGAAGGAGACGGGAGGGAGAUGGAGGGCAAAGAACUGACGCCUCUCCGUAGAGCCAGCUCCGCGGAGGAUCGUUCCUUUAGCAGCAUCCGACGAAAGUACGUGGGGAAUGUCUCGCGUCUACACGAUCCAGGGUUGCCUGAGGAGGCGCAAACUCCGCCGUUUCCCAGUGCAGGCAUAUACCAUCCGCGACACCACCUUUCAUCGCCCUCAUGCUCGACUAUUCGAGUAGGUGAACCUGGGAAGGGCAUUUUCCAUCAGUGGCGCUCCACCAGUGGUGCAAGCACGCGCAGUAACUGGGGCAGUGAGGUGAGCCUCAGUGCCUUGACUUGGACUUGCGAAAGUGUCUCGCCUGGCGCCUUUGGAGACAGAACGAAAGAAACCAGUGAGCAGCUUGCCGUCGGCUUCGUCUCGCGGCUGCUCAGCUUCGUGGGGAACUGUCUCUCAGUCUGUCCGUUGCCCGCCGUGGCCGCAGCAGCAUGGCGCACCGGCCUGCCGGAGACGCCUGCAGCUCCGCCAGAGAGGCGAGGGGAACGGUGUGACUCAAACGAGAAAGCAGAGCAAGACGAUGAACCCAGACGGGAAGCAACAGGAGAGCGCGACGCCUCGAGAGCGGCUGCCGGGUGUGCGGGCAUCCUGGAAGACGUGCGGACAAGGCUUGAAGGAGACGUUCGAGAAGCGAAAGGCCAGCAGGCAACAUGGCGAGAAAGACAGAGUUAUCGGCCGUCCCUUCUUGUCUCGCCUCUCGUGCUCCCUCUUGGGGACAGCCGUGCAGGCCUCCCUCAGUUCGCGGCCCACCUCCGUGGCACAGUCAGCCACCAGCGCGCACUCUCACUUCAAGCUUGCGCCUUUCUGAGCGGCACGGCGUCCGAGUCUACCUCCGCUUCUUCUCCUUUUUCGUCAGCUUCUGUCCUGCCUGGCAUGCCACAGCCGCACUCGCUGGUGUCGUCGCCUGCUGCGAUGUCGCCGCCUUCCUCCUCUUCCCCCUUCACCGACGGAGCGGCAACUGAAGCGUGUCACUUCUGUGCAGGCGGGAGGAAAGAAGAAAGCCCAGUUCCCUCUGUCUCUGGCGGUAACACGAAGCGCAGCGAAGCAACGCCGCCACGUGGUGGGGGAAUCCUUGCGUCCUGUUCCGAGACCGAGUUCCGAGAAUCGCCGACAGCAGAGACGCUGGCCAGCUCCGCCAUGCUGGUGAUUUACAUUUUGCGAGCACUUCUCGCAAGCGCGCUUUGGGCGACGGCUGUGAGGACGCGUCUCCGUGAAGCUCUGCGAGUUGCAUGUGGCCUCGCAUCUGAAAGCGGAGCCUUGCUGAAGCCGUUCACAGAAGCCCAAGGCGACGGGCAGGAAGACGGCCAGGAUCCGCAAGAGCCAGUCCAACACGAGGAAGAGCGGACGGAGAUCGAUGCGCGAGAUAGAGACGAACUGGGCGAGAGAGACACCGAAUGGACAAAUGUCGCAGAACGGGAGGGACGAUUUCCGUUCCCUCUCAACCGUCCAGAAACUACACGCACCGUCCCGGAUAAGCGGCCAGGCGACCUCGCAAGUCGAUGGGUAGCCUCUGUCUCCGAGGCGCUCGGGGCGCUGGCUGUUUUGGCCGGCCAGAGCGGCGAGUUUCUUCGUGUGGGGUGUCUCCUUUCCCAGGGUCGGGAAGGCGCUGGGGUGGGGUUCGAGGGCGGAUUCGAAGCCAUACCCGCCUUCGACUCUGCGCCGUCGUCCGGGGCCCAUUCCGAUCCGUCGCUGAGAAGACUCUCUCCGUUCUCUCCCUUGGGGGUUGUCGUCCGCUAUGCGCCUCAUGAGGGACACGCACUAGCCAUCGUUCGAGAAGAUCAGCAGCUCGGACACCUCCACGCUCCCCUUCCUCCGAACAUGUCUCGCAGAGGUUUUGGAGCGAGCGGCGGAUCGUCUCGCGACGACUCCGAGCACGUGUCUGGAUGCCCACAGUUUGUCCAUCUGCAGUGUCUUGACACCGCCGCCUGGCAUCUCACAGCGGACACAACGUCAGCUCCCCACUUCGUCGAAAGUCUCCUGGCGGGGGAGGAAGACAACGAUCUCGCUCCUUGUUCGCGAAGAAGGCCAGAGGAGGAAGCACAACGCGCCGGCUCCUAUGCGACGCGGCACCAUUCUCUGGGGGUGCUUAAGGACCCGCCUGUGGCCCUUGUUUGUGGUACCCGAGACGGCGAGCCGGAUGCUUUCCCUGGCGACGCACUGGACCGCAGUCAAAAGACAUUGAAGCCGGAGCACGAAGAGACAGUCCACAGCCGCACACUGCACGCAGCGAGCGAAUGUCUCCUUGCAACAUCUGGGGGCGCUUUGGGGUUCGAGUCGCGGGCCCAAAAAGGGGCCGUCUUCGAAGACAACGAAACACGCGCCUCGAUGCAUGCCGCGAUUGUUCAGUUGGCGAAGGCUGCCGAAGCUGCGAUGGUGUUUGAGGAAAACGAACCAGAGGAGACCCUAUGGAUUCCCUCCACAUCAGACACGGAUGGCGACGCCCUUGGCGCUGCCGUUUCCGGCAUCUCGCGGGUGUCGCCUGUCUCCGGUUCCGAUCUCGUCGAAUCCCGCGCGCUGCUGACCCCUGAAAGAGCCGCAUCUCUUGUUCAGAGACAACUGCGAACUAUGAUGGUGUCGGCGCUCUGUGAGCUGUUGAGGAGUCCGCAGGUCGUGACGCUCCUCUUUCGGCGGCGCCUGCUCGUGCCGCUCCUUGACACACUCAGCCUGAGCCCUGUAGCCUCGAGGCGUGCAGCGGCCCGGACUGCCGGAAGUCUGAGCGAUCUGCAGCGGCGCGCUUUGAGGCUCCGCCGGAUCGUACGGGACAUGCUCCAAGGCACAAUCGGCGUGGAGACGCGCCUGCUGCUGAAGGAGACACAGGCGCUGGAGCUGGGCGGCAGUCCCUUCCGCCUCCUCCCGGUGCUUCUCCCGACCGCGUGGAGCCCAAAGUGCCCGCAGGCGGACGAGGAAGGAAGCGACGCGAUAAACGGAGGCAGGAUGCGUGCCCCCUUUCGCUUCGCGAACUGGGAUUGGCGGAGACUGUGCAAGGGCUUUCCUGAAGACUUGGGGGAGUCCGCAGAUUCUGGGAACCGCCGACAGGCCGGGUCAACACGUCGAGUCGCCUGCGAGGGCUGUCUGAGUGUCCAGGAGAUUCUUAGGCGCCACUGGAGAAAAGGCGCGAACGGCACAGCGACCGCCUUCCUUCACCAGGAGACGGCGCCUCGCGCAUCUCUGGAAAACGCCGAAACUACACAGGAAGAAGUCGAGCACCGACAGCACGGAGCGCCGAGCGCGCAAACAAACACGGAAGCGCCAGAGCACCUAUCUGGGGAAGGUAGGCCCAGCAGCCGGGCGGCUGCGGGUCGUUGUCUCCAAGGUCAAAACAUCCUGGCCGAGACGUCCCCGGAUCUCGGCUCGCAGCCUGAAGGUAUCCAGUGCCACGAGAGGCACGAGAGUGGCGAGGCUCCGGGACGCGCCUGGGAGGCGGACGCUGUGGAUCUUCUUCUGUAUGCCGAGCCCCUGAAUCCAGACACGCAUGUUCGCGACGAGGGGGCGAGUCCACACCCGGCUUUGGAAACAGAAGCGGAACGAGAGGACCCGGGCCUAGCCGCCCAUAGCUUGCAUCGCCGCCUGUCGUCCUCUUUCGCAGGCUGUCUCCACGCGGCCGACGUGUCCAUCGCUCAAGCGAACCGUGUGAUUCCGAAUUCCUUGCCAGCUUACUAUUUCGAGGUCUUCGUCGAGGCGUUCGCUGCGCUCCAUCCCGCCCCCCACACGCUCUGCGCGAGUGUUCCGCCGAAGCCGUCUGCCGGUGGAACCCCUGCGUCGUCGGAAGCCCUGUGCCACCAUCUCCAGAUAUCUGUGCCAGGGUGUCUUGUUCCGAACUCUCUCCGAGGGCGCGCGAAGGCAAUUAACGGCUGCUCCGGAAUGGCGGAGGCGCGAGGACAUGAAACAGCCUUUUUGUUGGAGGAUGUCCCGCCACGGGCACCGUGCUCAGGGAUGGCUGUAGGCCUCUUCCGCGAGGGCGUCGAGCUCAAGGGCAAGGCCGGAUGCCAUGGAAGCUUUGCGUAUUGCAGCUGCGGGGUUCUCUAUCACUCCGCAACGGCCGCUCAGGAACCUGUCGGGUUUUCGGCCCCCUUCGGCGCGGGCGACACGGUUGGAAUGCGCUGGGAUCUGAAGCGGUCUUCUCUGUCGCUCUUUAAGAACGGCAAGUCACUCCGAGUCUUUCCCCUUCCGCUGCGUGGACCUCGUCUAGCGGGAGGCACGCCCGAUGCUGAUUUGCCGCCGUCGGUUUUGUCUCCCCCUUGCGCGUCCUCAACCGCUGUAGCGCCUCCGGCUGGCGCACCCUCACCGAGCUGGGAAGUCCGCAUGGGCAACACGGCGGUGUCGCUUGGAGGCCGCCCUGCCCCGCGCCCGUCGUGUCGUUCCCCGGUAUCGCCUGCCUCACCACGAGGUUUGCCGAAGGAGACGCAGAUCGCUGAGGUGCCCUUCUACCUCGAUUCUGGGUCCCCUCGAUCUACCUCGACAGGCGCCGCUUCGUCGACAUUUCCUUUGUCCUCUGGCUCUACGGAUGGGUCCUGCCACAGCACGCGACACGACGAAUCACACACGUCCGCCUGCGCUGGGACGAUCUCAGCCCCAAACAGCGUGGCCUUUCACGGCGUUCGCGGGCGUUUCCGCCCGGUGGUGUGGGGGUUCGGAUGCUCCGCGUGUCUCCUGAAGGCGAACUUUGGAGCCGAGCCUUUCGUCUUUCCCUUUGAGAGAAGCUUGGAGACCGAGGACACGCAGCAACUUCCCGAGGGAUCUCUGGCGAUCGCCAGGCCUGCGAGCACAGCGGGCGCUUGGCAGGUGAGGGACACGUCUCGUGUUGGAGGUCCGGGCCUUCGCACGGGCAGCCUGGCAAUGCGCAGGCGCGGGGACGAACCUGCGACGGGCCCUAAAGGCCCAGUUCGUUCUGGCGAUAGACCAGGAAGAAAUGGAGACGCACCGGCCGUUCGCCGACAGGACAGCAGCCGCCAACCGACGCCGGAAGUGUCUCCGUCCACCGCUGCCGUGGCAGCCUCAGGCGCCCGCCACAAUAGGCGCUCCUCUUCUUCGACGUCUUCGUCUGCGAGGCCUCUUCUGCUCCGCGAGGAGGAUCUGCAGCGUCGGACUGUGGCUGAAGAUCUCCAUGAGAUCAUGGGCGGCGGCGUGUUCCCGCUCUCGCUCUGCGUCCAGGCACUGGAGAGGACAAGGGACGAUUUGCAGGCGGCGGCCGAGUGGCUUCUGGAGCACGGACUGGACGAACUGGAGAAGCUGCAAGACCAGUUUCUUAGGGAAGCGGAGGCAGAAGAGCUCCAACGUCAAGUCGAUCUGAAUGCUGCUGCGGAGGACAAGGAGAGCGACGCAGCCGAGCCCCUGACGGAAGACAAAAUUACCCGGCUGGCUGCCUCCAGCGAAUCCUACACGAGAAGGGAGGAAGAUCGCGAACAGGAGGCGCCGAGCGUGAGCGGGACCCUCGCCGGGGCGUGCGACCAUGAAGACGGAGACGGGCCCCGCACAGACUUUGCUGGCGAAACUCCCGGAGGGCGGAGACAGGUGGAACGCCGGGACGGAGAGCCGACCACUGCUGAGGCAAGGCGACGCCGGGGAACAGAGCAGAACGAUAUGGGAACAACUCCUGUCCGCAAUCGGCAAGCAGGGGCAACCGAACGCGCAGGAGGGACAGCUGAAACGACGAGUCAGCACACAGAAGAGACAGAGAGUGAACAAGAGGACGGACGUGGCAAAUGGCUAAGUCCUGAAGCCGAAGCGUCACUGGGCAUCCACGGUCGGAGCCGAAAGAAGAAACAGCACUUCCGCGCUAAUCCAGAGCUCGCUGAGGGCCUCGAGAGCCUCGCUCUACAGUUGCGAGGCCAGCCAUACGACUACCUCCGCCAUCUUGCAUGCGUGUGCGCCGCCUCGUCCCCGUUUAUCCGCCCAACCCCCGAUGAAAUCAGCUACGGCCUGUUCCGCCGGAUGUCCACCGGCCCGUUAGCGGCCCUGUUUCGCCUCCCCGCCCCCCGAGCACAGCCAGUAUCUUCGCUGUCGUGUUCACCUGCUGGCUUACCCCCAGUUUUUCCUCUCUGUGCGGAGACACCGGAGGACGAAGCGUCCCGGUCCCUGAUGGCCAAUGCCUUCUGGUUCGAUGACAUGCUCACGCGUGCCUUUGGAAAGGGAAGAGCGAAUUUGUGGGGCAGCCACGCGGGGCCCGCUCAGGCUCCAUCAGGUGUACAUACACCCGGGGCACUUCUGCCGCCGGGGUCCUACACGGUGUUCUCGCGACGCGUGGGGUCCGAUGCACUUACAACCGCCUCGUCUGGUGGUACUUUGCAAUCUACGUAUCGAGGCUUUCUUGGCUCUGCGAUGUCAGCGCCAGCGGGCGGAACGAGUCGAGGCUUCUCCGCUUCCUCCACGCCUACCUCGACGUUUGGGGAAAGCCGACAGACGGAGACGGGGAGAUGCGUCCUGCCAGUUUCCGCUGACGAGGUCCACGUUGGGAUGCUCCUCCAGAUUCAUCCGGAUGCCGCCAGCGUUGCCUGUGACGUCGCCUUGCUGGUGCGAGGCGACGGCAGAGAGGAGACGGAGCCGAGUGAGCGACGAGAUAAAAGAGAGAGGGGCGAGGAGGCGCAGAGAUACCGAGGGAGGCAGCCAGGAGGCGCCACAGCAGCCGUCGAGAAGGCAAGAACUGAGAGGGACGCCUGGGCGUCUUUGCCACUGUGCCCGGAGGCUGAGGGGCGUCCGAGGCUGCCUCCGAUUCAAAACAUCUUCGACCCCCGAAAACUGCAACACCUCGCUGGUCGCUGUGGCGCCGUUUGGGAGAUCGAGUGGCUAGAGGCUGCGGACGGAAGCUCCGACGAGGAGGAGCCUGAAAGCUCGCAUCUUCAGGGGUUCUCGCACAGAGUUGGUCCGAGCCGUGAGCGGCUUGAUGGCGACCGUUUCUUGGAGGGGUCUCAAUCCCAGCCCGACGGCAAUGGAGACGCAGCCUUUGCCUUUUGUUCCCCGCGGCCUUCGUUUUCCGACAACGGACGCAUGCGCCCCUCUCAGCAGCUCUUCUGCUCAGCCAGCAUAUCGGCGCAUGCCAAUGCCGAGCCGGCGUCAGCCCCUCAGCCUCCAACGUCUUUUCCCUCCGCUGCACCUUCGGUUUCCUCGUGUUCCUGCGCUCCACGUUCGGCGAAUGGUGCCUCGUCCGGGGCUGCUCUGCCCGCUCGCCCCGUGGCGUUUUUGGCUCCACGGCCGUUGCUGGCUCUGGAGCAAGAAGUCGAGAUAGCCGCAGAGAGUCGGAGGCGAAGGCGCGACGAGCGAUCGCUAGGAGAGAGACUGCGGAGUAGAGGCGAGAGUCCUGGCAAGAAUGAGGUGGCUUCUGCAGGGGUCCUGGCGGUUGUGCUCGAACUCUGGGACCCUGAUCUCCUUCCUCACUUUCAUCGCCGUCUCGUUCGUGUGCCGUUGUCCAUUUGCUGUCGUCCCGUUUUCUCUCCGCAGGUGGCCUGGGGGGAAGAGGAGACAGAAGCGCUGCUUGGCGCGACCCCACGCGAGUUGUGGGCGUGCAACGGGACUGCAGCCUGGACGGCGGAGUUUCUGGAAAAAGUUCUAGGCCUCCUCAGGGAAACGGAGAGAGCUGUCGCCGUCCUCCAGAUGCGCCACACGGUGCUCCGCAUGCUGCAGAGCGUCGAGCUACAGGAGAUGUCCCUCGCAGACCUCCGAUCCAUCGAGCGCUUCAUGUCUCUCGUCAAGCUGUCUUUCUGCGAGUUGGGCCUGCCCGUCUCGCCCGCUCCUGGUGCUGUCUCCACCACCUCGCUCGUCGGGACUGCGGUUCGGGCCUGGAGACAGGCAGUGUCUCCGUUUAGCCUUCCGGCUUCGUCGCCCUUCUUCUUCGGCCCCAGCGCUGCAAACUGCAACGAGGAGGGCCACGCGAGGAAUGGGCCAGGCGAAGAACGAGACCGCGAGGAGUGUCUCUGUCCCCUGGACGGCGAGACACCAGGGGCAACGCGGCCUCCCCCAGAGACGUCCUUUUCUUCCACACUUUCGGCGUCGCGCUACCCCACUCACGCUCCUCCCCGCUCUGGCAGUUCCCCCUCCGCCGCCUUCCUCGAGUUCUUCUCGAGCCCUGAUUUCUUCUCGUCCCUCGGGUUCGUCUCUCACACCGCCCCGUCCCGUGUCGGCGGCCUGUUGGCCUCCCCGGCGGCCGCUGCUUCGCUGUGCGUCUCCUUUUCCUCUCCGGGCCUGAAGUCCCUUUUGGAAGCGUCAGAGUCCCCGGCGCUUCAACAACUUCCACGCGGGCACACGCAACACCUGCUGAGCCUCCUGCAAGUCCUGGCACGUUUUCUGCUUUCAUCAGAUGCCUCAGGCUCCUCACUCCUGUCGUACAUCGCGCAAGAGGCGGAGACCCACCUCCACGCGUCGCUCGCAUUUCGCCUACCCGUCGCGGUGGUGGAGUCGCCGCACCCGAUUGGCAGCGAAGGCCUCUUCAGUGCCCAAAUGUCGGCAUCGCUCGGGAAGCUGGAGCUGUCGCAUGCGGUCACCCUCGGCCCCGAGUGCAAGAAGUUGAUUGCGAUUUUUGACCCGCGCUCAGACAUCGGGGACGAAGACACCCGGUACACGUCAACGCUCGCAAUGUAUCGAGACGAGCACCUCGACCGAGAGAUUUUCUCGUGCCGCUCAGACGACGCCGCCUCACGGCGUCCAGCAGCCAAGCGUCUCGCGGGCCGGAUUCUGGUCCUCGACGCGCCACGAGUCUGGAUUCGAUUCACCGUGUCAGCCUCGCCUACCGCUUCAGCUUCGGCGACUGACAUCCCCCACCGGUGGGGCUACCGCAUUCUCUUCCUUCCACUGCUGCUUUCCCUCUCGGACGAGCACGCCGUCCAGAGGCACAAUCCACAACUUGCGGCCGAGCUCUGUCUCCUGACGGCUCUGGCGGCGCCGGCGGAAGCUCAGACGACUCUCCUGGCGCCGCUGCUGGAAACGCUGCUGUCUCACUGCUUCUCUCCAACAACCUUGCGGAGUGCUUCCUCCUUGUUCGGCGAGCUCCUCGCGAUCGCCCAUCCGUUUCCCCUUUCGCGAUCCUCGUACUCGCCCCUUGCUCGCCACUUCCCGCCGCAUGCAAUCGACCGCGCGGCCGUCCGCCUUCAGACCCAGGCCGCUUCUCGGCGGAGUCCGCCCCGGGCGCAAGGCCGCCAUGGGGCGCAUGCGGAGCCUCUGACGGGCUGCCGACGGAGACCCAGCGCGAACCGUCGUUUCGGAAAUCCACGCACCUCGACAGACACACGAGAAGAAGCGACAGAAGGAGAAUGUGUUCCGGUGUCGGGGAAAAGCAAACGUUCGCGGGCGCCGUGCGGGAGAGCUGGAGACUCGGGGGAGUCCAGCGAGGGCGACAAGGGCGGUGCCUCGUUUUCUAGACGAAUGGCUAGCAAGACGGAAAUAUCCCUUGAACGCAACCACGUCUCGCUCGGCUCCGUGGCGCCAACGUGUUGGUCACCUUGCGGCGGUUCGCUUGGACCUCGUUUGUCGCCUUUGUGCGCCUCCCUGUUGCUCGCCCUGCGCCUGCAAGCAUGCGACAUCUUCGGUCGCCUCUUCCACGCAAUGGAGUGGUGCACGGCUGCAGGAGUAACGGGAAGCAGUAAGCUGAUUUCCGGCAUGGCACUGCUGGCUGCGGCGGGCCGUCGCGGGGACGGAAGUGAACCUGGCGGCAGGCGGCCCCCCUCUGCGUCUUCCUUUGGUUCGGCAGCGCCGCUUUCCUCUGCAGAAUCAGUUGCUUCUCGCUCCUUCUCUCCGGCCUUUCCGGGGCUCGCCAACGCUACGUCGCCUGCGACAGCUGCGGCCGCGGUUGCCGCCUCUCCCCCCUUGCUUUCGUCUUCCUGCGCGCCAUCCUGGUCGCCAGAGUGCCCCCACGAGGCCCUGAGGACCGUCGUUGACUUGCUCUGCGUUGCGCAUGACUUUGUGUUCACCAAAUCCCUACUUGAUUCCUGGGCAGCAUGCAAGCAAGUCCAGCGGGAAGGCGCACCGCUGCGAGGAGCGGCUGAAGCCAGUCGAGAUGGAGGUGUAAAGCGUAAAGAGGCAACGAUGGAAGCCACGGAGAAAGACCCCAAUGGAGGAGCGAAGACACGCCAGGAAAGAGCCGAACCAGCGCACAGUAGCAGCGGAGCUGCCGGGGAGGGGCUGUCGUCAGUGUCGAGAGACACAGACGGGGAGAGCGACUCGGAGCACUUUCCACCUGUCUCCGCGUUUGAUUAUCUUACUGCGUUGAGAUUUGACCGCCGCACUCAAACCUUGACGCACCACCCCAGCAGUCUCCUUUCGAGGUUGAGGCAUGCACGUUUGCGCCCCUCGUCGCCGGGCUGGUAUUUGCGGCUCUCUCGGUCCUCGGCGGACGCCCGAGAGCCUCAAUCAGAGCGCGCUGCGCCGGCGCCGCACGCCUCGCUCCCGCCCUCGCUUCUCGCCUUGGCUGCGUCGUUUUCCACACCUCUCCUUCCCGAGCGACCGGUCUUUUCGAUUGCUUACCUCUCGCCUCGUUCCGCGUCGGCGGCUCCUCUCUGGCUCCUGCCCUUCUGCGUGAAAACCGCCCCCCCUCCCACGUUUCUUGCACCGGUACGGAGCCCUCAGUGGGAGCGCGGCCACUUGCCUUCCCCCUCUGGCGCCUCCCCAGCAGGCGCCGCGUCUCCGCAGCCGCUGUCUGGGGCAUGGACGACGCUUCAGAAAGACCUUGUGUUUGCGGGGGACCCAGCAUUUCCGCCGACUCUCGGCUCGCCUCCAUGGAUUCCGCGCCCCGGAGACUUCAGCCGACGAGAAGCCGGAGCCUGCGGUUCCACCGCCUCUUCUCCCUCUUCGAACCGUUCUUCGCUCGCCUCGUCUUCCCUGCCUUUUCGCGCCUACGACACGGAAACGCCGGGAGUCCCGGGAAGUGGCGAUCCAGAGCCUUGUCCUUCUCCCGCUUGUCGAGCCUCUUCUCACGAUGCCCUGGCAUUGCCUCUCGCCGGCGAAGCCUCACGCGAGUCUCUGGAUUCGGCGCCUGUGUCACUCCCUUUUCUCCUCAACUUGUGUCGCCUAGAGUUGAGGGUGGAACGCGCCUGUUUAGGGGAAGUCGACGUCACCUUUGCGCUCCAGGGAUUCGUGUUUUUGUUGGGAAAUGUGUGCCUGCAUCUUCCAGCAGACCGCUCGCUCUGGCUGCCUCUGCUCCGCAAGGGGUACAAAGCUCAGGCGCGCCGAGUCGCGUGGGAAGUCGGCGGGUUGCGAGCAGACGGGCACGCGCAUCGCGAGGGCCGAGUGACGCUUCUGUGGGGCAGCGAGAACAAAGCUCAAGUCAGCAGGGACAAGGCAACGCCAGGAGACAGCAAUUUGGUUCCGUCGUGGGACGCGUUGAAACGAAACCUGACAGAGAAGAGCGACGCUACGGCGCCUGUUGCUGCCCUCUACGGCGGCAGAUUGAGCAUCGCUUACCAGAUCGUUCGCGCAUGCACCGAAGAAGAUUUAGGCGUGGAGUUUGUCCAGAUUCCUCCCGCGUCGACUGUUUUUCUGACGGCAUUUCCUGCUUUCUGGCUUUCCAGGGUGUUCCUGGUCUGGGACAUCAUGCGGCUUUUUUGCCUCGCGCGUCUGGCAGAGGUAGGAGCGGAGAAGAGAGCGAGAGAGAAGACAGCAGCGGACAGGAGACAGAGGACCCGAAAACGUGUUGAGGAAGAUCGCGCAAGUGCGGAGGCGUGCUCGAAGAAUCUUGGCAGUGCUGCGGAGGCAGACCAAGCAGGAGAGUGGCCUCAGAAAGAGGAGGGAGGCAGUGAAGAGAAGGACAGUGGAGACAAUCUGGAGACAAGUCGAGAGAAGACGAAGGGAGCGUUCAGCGGAGCGGACUGGGACACACAGGGGGCGUGUCGCGAGAGGCAGAAUCCAGUGGCCGAUGGUGCGAACGCCGGAGAGCCGUAUGGAGACGUGAAAAGCGACGAAACGCAACACGACCGGGGAGAGCCUAGAGACGACCCUGACCAAGCAGGCGAGGGGACGGAUGACGCAGCCGAGGCUUCUCAGAAACGGUUGGACGUCAAUCAACGGAGGGUUUGCGAACAGGAUUCCCCAGCACUUGCCUCAGACCUGGUUGACUAUGUCUUCCAGUCUCUCUCUGUCCUGCCUCUGCAGCCGUCCCGCCCUCGUUUGAAAGCUGGUCCACACCACGGUCUGGGCGUUGCGGCAAGUGGCGAUUCUCCCACAGGCACAUCGGGCGCAUUUGGUGGUGACCUCAAUGCUGACCAGCGGAGAGACAGCAGCCAGGCGCGGCCGCCCUCUCACUUCUCUGUCACGGGUUCCGCGUGCUCCUCGGUGGGAAACUUGGCGGAUGACAACUCCGCGUUUUUUCAUCGAAGCCUCCAAGGCAUCCGCGAGUUGCUUCUCCGGAGUGUCGUCGAAGCGGCGAUCCGCGAUCACUACUGGCCCGUGUUUCCGGGACGCGUCGACCUCUGUCGCCCUUCGGAGUCAGCGUUUGUCAAGGGCAGUCGAUUUUCUCCGUCGCCAGAUGCGACAAGGGAGAGAGAGGCCGCCGCUCCCCCGACUGGGGAGCGCAGAGCCAGCAGACGAGCCGCCUCGCCCGUCGGCGCUUCUGUUCAGUUCUCAUGCGCUCCGUCUUCUUGGUCUCUGCCUCCAUCUCUCCGUUCGCCACGCGUUUCUCCUGCUCCCUCGUCCAUAACCUCUCCUGCUUUGCCUUCGUCGCCUCCUCUCACUGCUGGCGCGGGAAGUGCAUCGGACGGGCACGGCGGCAGGCGACGGCGAAGUUGGGGCCUGGCAGAGAGUCUCCGUGGUCCGGCUAGCGACGGGCUUUCGACUGGGGCUCUUGCGUCACCGCGGUCCCACAGCGCAUCCAGAGAUCUGAUGAGAGACCAGAGUCGGGAGGCAUGUCUGGGACAAUGCGCAUCUUGCAGUGCUGGGCGUGCAGCAGCACAGAGCCCACCCCAGGAGAGACUCUCGGGGGAGUUUCUCGACGAUUCGCGCUACGAGACCUCGCAAGGAAGCGGCAUGGUGUCAUCGCAGAGUGGAGAACCAGUCGCUGGUUUGGCGGGUGGCUCUGGCCCUUCUGCCUGUUUGCGCGAGACAGAUACAGCGACAGAAGGGGAGACAGAAGACGCGACAGAGACGCGUGACGCUUUAAGAGGAGUGGGGAGCAGGACGGGACUACGGGGGCCAUGGUUUGGAGGCGGGGAACAACCCGGCAUACGGGACACCGGGCUGAUGUCCACCGGAACCCGCACUCCACCAUCUCGGCGUUCGGCUUCUCUGUCGCCUUCGUCCUUGCAUUCGUCUGCUCCGGCUUCCCAGCGUGCGGGCUGGGGUUCUGCGCCUGCGUCUCCACAUCGGUGUAGGCUGCCCCUGACAGUCCCCGCGUGCGUGUCUGCCUCGCUGGAUGUCCGCGCGCCUUGCUCCUUCACGUUCUGGCUUUUUGACGACGGCGAGCCAGAGGCAGAAGAGGCUGCCAAGCCCUACGGGGUCUGGGGGAAGCAGGAGACGGACGGAGACCGAGAAAGCCCGGCUGCGCACGAAGAACAGGAGUCUCGACAAGCUGGGCCUCGGCGAAUUCCCCGACUUUCGUCCGUUGGAGAGACCUCUUCUGUCGGUCCGUCUUCGUCCCAGGCUUCGUCUUCCGCCUCGGAGACUCUCCCCCUCUCUGCGCCCCCGCUGCUCUCUCCAGAACGGGGUGAACGCGACGGCAACACACCAUUUCCUCCAAGGCAGCCUCAGGGUAACCCGCCGCUCUUGUCGUGUCAGGAUCCUAUGCUGCGACCGCCUCCUUGUCGUCCCGUGUCCCUGCCGCACCCCCUCCCCGCCGCGUCUUUUCAGGUUCCGUCUUCCUUCCCGGAAACUGCGGCAGGCAGCCAGACAGGCGAGCAGGACUUGCAACGCGGCGGCGUUCGAGAAUCCCGUCGACCUCGAGGUGAAGCCCUGAACUGGCGCGAGCGUCGCCCCGAUCUCCACGCAGAUGCGGGCCUUCAAUCAUCUCAAGAGAGAGCAGGUGUUGAGCAGAGCUCAGACGGAAGACCGGAACGCGAACCAGAGUCGCUUCCUCCACUUUUGCCGUCACCAGCGUGGCACGGGUCCGUUUCAACUGCAAAUCUCCGUUGGCCUCGAAACCCGUCGGCAGGUCUUGGCGCGUCUCAGCGUUCGUCCGUGUCGAGUUCUCCCGCGCUCUCUUCUCGCCCGCUCCCUUCACACUUCCAUCCCCAAGCGUCCCCUCCUCUGCGUUCCUCCACUUUGUCUCCUCCAGAGUCGGCCUCCCCGGGCCGCCCCACAUCGCCCCUCUCUGAACCACUCUCGAGUCAGACGCGCCCCCGCUUGCCUGCGCCGUCCCCUCCCCCGCCCGUUGCUGCUUCGCCAGAUUCCCCCCCUCGCCCCUCUCGCUCCCCGCCGCCUUCUUGGGUGGAGUCUCCGUCGCCUCUGCCUUCGCUCCUGCCUGCGUCUGCCGUAGGGCUCGUGGCUGACAAACCUAGCUCGAGUGCGCCUGGGACAUGCGCGCCUCCGCCGCGGCCCUGGCGACUCGUGUGUAUGCGUGGGUAUCCGCUGUCGACUUCCGAGAGCCUGCGCGUGUUUCUCUCGCCGUCGAAUCUGGUAGUUGCGGAGCUGUGCAUGCCGCACCAAACGACGACGUUCACCGACUACGAGACUCUGCACGUUUCCUUGUCGUCGAAGACCCCGGUCAAGACGCGCGUGUGGACACACGUCGCCAUCACGCUGGGGCUUCCUCCCACCUCAAUCCGCCUGUUCCUUGACGGCAAGGAAGUGGCGAAACGGGAGGUCACCGGGCGUUGCUCUCUGUGCUACGGCCCUCUGCCGUUCUGGCUGCCGCCGCUCUCCAGCAUUCGAACUGCCGACGGGCUCCUCGACGCGGAGGAGAAAGACGACGCGAGUCGAGGGCGAGAACAGGGAGACAGCGGGGAAGAAGCGGAGGGGAGGGAGGCGCAGGGACAAUCCGGACGGGGACGCGACGAGGAAGUGCAGGACCGGCGGCGAGGUUUCGCCGCCGGCUCCAAUGCGCUUCACCCCAGGCGACGAAGGACAGGCCUGCAUCCGCGGUGGCAAGUGCCCCAGAGGCGCGCGCGGGUGGUUUCCGAGCCGCGCCCCGAAGACGACGACGAGACAGAAGAGGGCGACGCCCUCGGCGAAGUAGGAGUGAAGUGUCGAGGGAUAGGCAUGCGCGGCUGCCUCGCUGACUUCCGAGUGUACUUCCGAGAGAUGAAGCAUCACGAGGUGAGCCGACUUGUGAAACACACCGACUCGCACUUCGAGAAAGAGUUCGUCGACAUCCUCGACCGCCGAAGCCACGCGGUUUUCAAAACCUCCGCAGAGACGCCGCCCGGAACUCGCAACGCCGAUGACGACAUCACAUGCGCGACGGUGCUAAGGAACGUCGACAGGUCCCACAUCGAAGACUCUUCUCGGGCCGCCGCUUCGCCCGAGGCUUCCCUAAUGCGUGGCGAGUCAAGCCCGGACGACGUGCAUCCUGAGGCAGAACGACUGAGACACGGCCGCAACCUGCCUCUCCUGGCAUCUCCCCUCGCCACGGUCUCUCCGCCGCAGCAUUCCUCGUCUGCCCAUGGACCUUCAUCCUCAGUGCAAACCGUCUCUUCUCUUGUCUCUUCCUCCUCUUCGGCCGUCGCGUCUUGGUCGAUCCCCGCAUGUCCUCCAUCAGCGUCCACGGUUUCUCUUCCUUCUGCCACAGAUUCGAGCUCUGCUUCGUCUGCCGCGUCCUUCCUCUCGCCGUCGCCCUCCGCUGGUGCGUCGGCCGGUACCUCUCGGCCUCUCCGGCCCCGCACGCCGACCGGCAGCGCAAGGGCAGACGCAAGUGGAGCAGCGCUCGAACGUGCAGAAAACGAGUCGCGUUUCGAAGCGCCCGAACCCAGCACCGUUCCGUACCAGCCGUACGUUUCCUUGAUCUCCCACGUCCGAGCGAGAGACGCAGCAAGCGGGGCGGAGGUAGCCGACCUCGAGGCCGGAGUCAUAGGCAUCGUUGCGCGACGCUUGUGGACGACUUCAGGCGUCUCAGCCGCGAGAAGGGAUUGGGCACAGACGGGCCAGCCUGGAGCCCCAGGGCCCGGCGUUGAGGACACGUCUCCGUCUUGGAGACGCGAGCGGAGCUGGGCGCUCUGGGAGAGUCUCCGCGUCCCUGUCGGCGUCGAUCCGCGCCUUGUGGCGUGGGUGAGGCGAUCCUCGGAGGCGCACAAGGCCUGCAAGGAAGCAAACCCGGGGAGAGACACCCGACGGUUCCCACAGGCUGGAGACGACGAAGGCGAGGCUGCAGUUGAGGUGGAGGGCGCGCUCCCCGUGUCACGAGAGGCAGAAGCGCCGACUGGGAGCAACGUGCGGGGGGAGACGAAAAGCUGUCCAGAGCCUCUGGAAGAAACGGCCGAUGCUCCUCCUUCGUUCUUUGCCUCGUCCUCUUCGCACAGCGGCAUUUCCGCGUGGCCGUCGUCUCAGCUCCCAGGGGGUGUCUGUGUGUGUUUGGCGUCCUGUGCCACUGUGUCGUCUCUCUGCCAUUCGCACGAGGCCGCUGGUCGCGCCACCAACGCAGCUGGGUCAGACCUGCAGGAGCCUUACUUGCCCAGACGGCACCGGAGGCAUGCGCGAGACUCGCCGAUGGACCCUCUCGAGGCCGGCAAGCAGGAGUGGCAGCUGACGUUUCCGAGCGCCCGAUGGAUCCUCAAUGAACGUGUCUGGGCUGGCAUUGUUGCGUGUGUGAACAGUCAGCUGAGUGACCCCGAGAGUUCGUUUCAGCCUUCGUCUUCUCCGCCGACUUCUCCAGUAUUCGCGUCUGCCCCCGGGCGCCCCUCGUCGUCCCGCGGUGAAGAGACCGGCUUUUCCUCAGCGUCGUUUGGGCCUUCUCGGCAGUCGGAUUUUGGCGAUCUGGAUCGAAUACAAGUUUUUCGACAGUCGUUUCCACUCGCACGCGUCGAGCAGCAUGCAGGCGUCCUGUACGAGCUCGUGGUGGCCGCCGACCGCUCGCGGAGGCGCAGGGCGGGAUCGCGAGUGCAAGGCGCCGGCGGCGAAGGUCGGGAAGGUUUCGAGUUCGAUCAGAUUUUCCUCGAACCGGCGCUUCACUUUUGCCGGGCUUGGCUGCAGCAUCUGCAGUCUAUCCUUCACUGCGUCGCCGUCUUCGCGCCAUGGUCUUCAGCGUUCGGAGUUCUCCUCUCCAACUUCCGGUGGCUCCUCCCUCACACUCUGAAGCAAUGGCUCUUCCAUCUCUCGCUGUCCAUGACAGAAGACGCCGCAGCGGAUGGCCGCAUUCGCGUGGUAAUAAAUCGCGCAAAGGCUCUGAAGGCUACUGAAGGGAUGACGCCGCCUCUUCACGGGCAUUUGUCUGGUUCUGGGUCUCCUUCCCGGGCUGUUUCUUCUUCUCGCCUUCUCUCUGGAGGCAGCCGGGACCCCGCGUCUCGCACCUCGUGUCUCCGGCGCGGCCGCGGGCAGGAGGAGACACGCGGGCCUGACUGCGGGGAAAGAGGCCUUCACGCGAACGCAGGCCGCCCCACGAACGCUCAGGGGAUAGGCGGGUUGAGCAGCGUCUUUGGGCAACUGUACAGCCAGCUCAGCGCGGUGUCGCCUAAGCGGCUGCGGUCUCACGGGCGCGCCUGGUACGUCCUGUACGAGGGCGAAGGCGGAAUCGACGCAGGCGGACUGUUCCGAGAUUCGAUUACCCACAUCGCCCAAGAACUCCAGUCGCCAUACAGCCCUCUGUUCAUGCCGUGCCCCAACAGCCGAGGCUUCGGCGAUAACCAGGAUCGGUGGGUGCCGUCUCCUCGGUGUGUGUCCGCAUCCCACCUCUCCAUGUAUCACUUUCUCGGCCGGCUCAUGGGCGUGGCAGUCCGUGGGCAUUUGUGCCUCGACCUGGACCUGCCGGCGACGCUCUGGAAGCCCGUGGUCGGCUUGGACGUCGGCGCGCAAGAUCUGGAGGCAGUCGACACCCUUUGCGUCCAAAUCUUGCAGAAACCGUCGCUCUCCAGUCCGUUUACUUCUUCUCAGGUUUGUAAGCUGCGCAGCUCGCAGGUGUCCCCUGAGGCGUUUCCCGAGGAGUACCCCCUGUGCUGGCACACCACCUUGUCUGACGGCUGCAUUGUGGAACUUCGGUCCGGAGGCAAAGACCUCUGCGUUCAGUGGGAAGACAGGGCAGACUACGCGCGACGAACCGUGGCCUGCCGCCUGGAGGAAACCAGCGAACAGGUGGCUGCGAUUCGGCGAGGAAUAGGCGAAGUCAUUCCCCUCCAAUUUGUGAAUCUUCUUUGUCCCUCGGAGAUGGAGCGACUCGUCUGUGGGACGUCGGAAGUCGAUCUCGAGGUCCUCAAGGCCCAUACGCGCUACACAGGUUUCCAGCCGACGGACCCCGUCAUCGUUUGGUUCUGGGAAGUCCUCUUCUCCUUCUCGACUCGAGAACGCCAGAAAUUCCUGAGAUUCGUCUGGGGCCGGUCGCGCCUGCCUCCCGCCAGCGCCGCCUGGGAACAGGACAUGGAAGUCGCGUGCAAACACGUCGUCGGGCGGCCCGUCGCGGUGCCGGCAGAGGCGUCGUCUCACUUCACGCAGUUUGCCUCUCCAGCUGCGACGACGCCGUCGUCCGCGUCCUCUUCUCUUUCGUCUGUCCCUCAAGGCCCCUUCGCGUUGCUCUCGGGCGCCUCAGCGGAGUCCGGCGAGUCGCAGGAGCGUGGUGAGGAAGCAGAGGGACACAGCGCUUCAUCUUCGGUUUCGCGAUCUGGGCCUUUCGCCACGGGAGACGCCGCACACAGAGGGGACGGAAGCGAGCGCGCGAGAACGGCAGCGAGGCCAAGCGACUGUAUCGCUGCCAGGCCAGAAGACUUGCAACUCCCUGCCUCGCAUACCUGCUUCUUCCAGAUUGAAUUGCCUCGGUACUCCAGCAAAGAGAUUCUCUACAAGAAGUUGCUCUAUGCCAUCACUGAGGGCAUCGCAAUCGAUGCAGACAACAUGGCCGACAAUACUGCGUGGGAGUAG